UUCAUCCUAGUACCGAGAAAAGUCAACGCCAUUACCAUUAGGGACGAAACAUACAAGGUCUCAUUCGAGCGCACCGAUUUGGGAAUACCCAUCGUAUCCUCCCUUCGUGCCCUUCGUCUCCGUGGCCUCGGCUUCUCCCUUCAGCCCCUCGUCGCUGAAGGGACGGUGGUCGGGCAUGGAGCAGGGACGACGCCUCUCCUGGUCGGAUUUGCAGUGCCUGGCCCGGCGGAAGCCGGCGAGCUCCACCGUUCGCGCUGGCGCUGGUGCAGCAGCGGUCGGGGGAAAUGGCCGAAGCCUUGCUAAGGCGCUCUCCGUUCCCCAUCUCAUGGCCAUUGGUGUUGGCUCGACGAUUGGUGCUGGCAUCUAUGUCCUGGUAGGAACUGUGGCUCGUGAGCAUGCAGGACCAGCCUUGACAAUUUCUUUUCUGAUAGCUGGCAUUGCUGCUGCUCUUUCAGCCUUGUGUUAUGCCGAGCUUGCUUGCCGGUUCCCUUCAGCAGGAAGUGCUUAUCACUAUUCUUAUAUUUGCAUUGGAGAGAGUGUCGCUUGGUUGAUUGGUUGGGCUUUAAUUCUGGAAUACACAAUUGGUGGAUCAUCAGUGGCCCGUGGCAUCUCACCAAACUUGGCUCUAUUUUUUGGUGGCGAAGACAAGUUGCCAUUCUUUCUAGCCCAAAUACAUGUCAAAUGGCUUGAUACCGCAGUUGAUCCUUGUGCUGCUAUUCUUGUCCUGAUAGUUACCGCAUUACUCUGUCUGGGUAUUAAGGAGAGCUCAGUUGUGGAAGGCGUUAUCACCAUUGCAAAUGUCGCAAUCAUGCUGUUUGUCAUUUGUGCCGGAGGAUGGUUAGGAUUCCAGAAUGGCUGGCCUGGUUAUAAUGUUCCGAAAGGUUACUUCCCUAACGGUGCAAGUGGAGUUUUUUCUGGAUCAGCAACCCUCUUCUUUGCAUACAUUGGAUUUGAUGCAGUUGCUAGCACAGCUGAGGAGGUGAAGAAUCCUCAACGUGACCUUCCAUGGGGAAUGUGUCUGACCUUGUCAUUAUGCUGCUUCCUCUACAUGAUGGUUUCUGUUGUUAUUGUCGGUCUGGUUCCAUAUUACGCAAUGGAUCCUGACACUCCUAUUUCAUCUGCAUUUGCUCAAUAUGGAAUGCAAUGGGCAGUGUAUGUCAUUUCCAGUGGGGCUGUUCUUGCUCUCAUUGCAUCGUUGAUAGGCGCUAUACUCCCUCAGCCAAGAAUUGUGAUGGCUAUGGCAAGAGAUGGACUGCUUCCACCAAUCUUCUCAGCUGUUGAUCAAAGAACUCAAGUGCCAACCUUGAGCACAAUCUUGACUGGGAUAUGUGCCGCCAUUCUUGCUUUUUUCAUGGAUGUGUCAGAAUUGGCAGGGAUGGUAAGCGUGGGCACACUAUUGGCAUUUACAAUGGUUGCCAUUUCUAUUUUAAUAGUAAGAUAUGCUCCUCCAAGUGAGAUGCCAAUGGAAGGGGCUGAUCCAGGUUCACUUGAAUCACUAGCUUCACACACUGACCAUUCAGAGCCAGUUGUGGAAAUUUUGGAGGAUCCUUUUGGCAAUGUUAAAGCACCUACUGCCAGUGAGGUUGCCAAUAUGGUAAGGCGACAGAAAGCCAAAAGGUGCAUAGUACUGGUAUGCUUUGGGGUCAUUAUCUUUGCAUCUGCGGUUUCUUUCUCCUCUUUGCCAUUUUAUUUACGAUGCACGGCAUGUGCCUUAGGUAGCUUGCUCUUGCUCGGUGCUACCAUUGCACUUUCGUGUAUUGGACAAGACAAAAGCUCUUCAAGACAAACCGGAGGUUUCAUGUGUCCGUUUGUUCCUAUACUUCCAAUAUGUUGCAUCCUCAUCAACGUGUACCUUCUUAUGAACCUCGGGAGUCACACAUGGAUCCGUGUUUCUGUCUGGCUAGCGGCUGGUGCAUUGAUAUAUUUCUUCUAUGGCCGAAGGCACAGUUCACUGACAGGAACGGCUUAUCAGCGCGUAUCAUCCGCAUAGGCGAAGCUCUCGUGAAGCUCCUUCUCCAAAAUUAGGACUUUGCAUGAUCUAUAGAAGUCUUGAUGUCCACAAAUUGGCGUAAAGAAGUGUCUGUAAUAUAUUGUUGGGGAUUCCCGAGUCCUACAGAUUUGAGCAAGAAACUGAAGAACCUUUAUUCUGAACUCUGCAGAGAUGUAGAAAGCAGAAACAAGUAUAGGCACCCCCAGUAGCAGCAUUGCAUCGUGUAAUUGCAUAGGAUUUUAUCUCUCUUUACUGUCAAUUUUUUUUAACAUGUAUGGACAGAAUCACGAGAAUCAAAACAUAUCGUAUUACAUCAAGACAGAGAUUAAAGUUCAGUAAAAAGUGCAGCCAAAGAUGAGCUGUCAAGGAUGAGUGGUUUUGGUC